AAAAACUGUGAUAUCACUUUAUGGUCAUACUGGAGUUAUUGCAGUACAGACCAAUGUGGACAGGAAGGCUCUCAAAGUCGAUCAAGAACGAUAGUAUCAAAGCCAGCCUGUGGUGGAACAGAAAGCCCUGACAACCUUAACGAAACUCGGCAGUGCUACGGUAGUAAAACAGUUGACUGCAAACUGACCUACUGGUCAGAAUGGAGCGGUUGUACAAAUGCUUGCGGGGUAUCACCGAAUAACUAUCGAACAAUGUGGCGGCACAUGUUCAUCUUCCCUGACAAAGACACGAUCCUGCCAGCAGACCGGCUGUUUUAA